GAAGAAAAGUAACCCGGCGAGCGGGAGUUUUUUAAUCUUUUUCGUGCCGUUGGUUAGCCACAGCCAGUGGAAACAGCGAAACUAUUUAGGGUUUCUGCGUUUGAAACUCAGAAUCAUCAACAUGGCGUCGUUCCGGUCCCUCAAAUCUGCAAUAUUCGAUAGAGAAGAGAAAAAACAGCAGUACCAAGCUCACAUUCGCGGCCUUAACGCCUACGAUCGCCACAAGAAAUUCUUGAACGAUUACGUUGACUUCUAUGGAAAAGAAAAAUCUACAGAUGUAAAGUUGCCAGUUAAAACUGAUCAUGAUACCCUGAGGGAGGGAUAUCGGUUCAUACGUACAGAGGAAGAUGAUAUGAACCCAUCCUGGGAGCAGAGACUGGUGAAGCGUUACUAUGAUAAGCUUUUCAAAGAAUACUGCAUAGCUGACAUGUCACAAUAUAGGAGUGGUAAGAUUGGUUUGAGGUGGAGGACAGAGAAGGAAGUCAUAUCUGGUAAAGGACAGUUCAUAUGUGGUAAUAAGCACUGCAAUGAGAAAGAAGACUUAGCAAGUUAUGAGGUAAAUUUUUCCUAUUUUGAGGCUGGAGAAAACAAGCAGGCCCUUGUGAAGUUAGUAACUUGUGAAAGAUGCGCAGAGAAACUUCAUUACAAAAAACGGAAGGAGAAGGAGGAACUAGACAGAAAACAGAAAAAGGAGUACAAAAGAAAAAGGGAUCUGUCAAAAGAUAAAGAUAACACAGAUGAGGAGUGUGAGAGGAGCAAAGGAAAGAAAAAAGGUAUAAGGGCUUCAUCUUCAGCUGUCAAUCAUGAAAGUGAUGAUGACAACGAAGACUUUGAUAGGUUCCUUGAGGGCAUGUUUCCAUGAAAGUAGGUACCAACUGCUACGUUUCCGGAGAAUUCUUUUCUUCGCUUGAUACAGUAUUGGCCUGGAAAGAGUUUGACCAUGUAGUAAUGAGAUGCUGAAAUAAUCAAAUAGAGCUGAAGCUUGUAAAAAUUUCUCCAUGUUCUGCUACUAAGCCGUCAAAUCAUGUGUUUGUCACCUGUCGACGAACAAAUAGAGGAAGAAUGGCCGUAUAAUAAGCCUGCUUCAAGAAUGCUAAAAUGGUCCGGACUGUUUGGUCUACUUUUUUUUCUUAAUGGUAGCAUCGAUGACUAUUAGUAUUUGUGUACAUAUCUAGUUCAGUUUGGUAGAGAAUUUAGGACAUGGCGGAAGUUUGGCGAGGCCAGCUCUAUCACAUCGUGCAGUCAUUUGUGCUGUUAUUGGCAGUUAGGUACUGUGUAGCCGCCUAGCCGGUCUCAACUGUUUCAGACAUACCUACACUUCCAUGUGUCUUUUUCUCGAUUCUCCAACUGCCUGUCUGUCUGGGUCUCUACGACCUUUGUUCCUAAACCAAUCAAGGGUUAGUUCCUAGUACCAAAAAGAUCAACUACUAGCUUUUCUUUUU